CUUUCGGCUACCGACGUACCUUAUCUAUGAUGCAAGGUACCGACUUUGGUCUUCACACGACACUUAAAUCAGGCAAUUUAUCCGCAUUCUUGUCCAUCUACCCCACCACUGGUCCCAAGAAUCACAACCAUCAGGAAGAUAAGACGGAGAGUCUGUCAUCAUGGGUCGCUGGGGACACCGCCUUUUCGAGGGAGACCAAGACUUGGAUUGCAUCUCAGAUAUCGAGAUGGAAAUGAAGAAGGCCGGACUUCCUAAAGUCGAGCUCGAAGCCAUCCUUUACAAGCCGACGUCAGACGAGCACAAAAAGGAUCGCGACACUCUAGCCGCCGAUGAUGUCGGUAACGCCAUUGUUGCCCACCUCCGCUCUCGCACCGAAGCAGAGACCGGAUAUCUCAAGUCUCACCUCAAAUACAAUACCAUUUUGGCCGUCGCUCUUCUUUUGUGCGCCGGAAGCAAUAUCGACCAGCAGCAUAUUGAACACGUCAAGGUCUUGACUUCCGAGGUUGACUGCAAGGAAUGCUUUGCUUUUCCCAUGCUCGACCUGGGUUUUCGAGGGCCAGGCAAGCGACAAUUUCUUGCUGCUCUAAAUGCAUACCAGCCGGGAGUUUGUCGAAACUUGGGCGCGCCAAGCUGCUUCACAUGCGGCAAGAACAAACAAGACACGGACAAAGCGCCAUCUGAGUGCGCAAAGUGUAAGGCAGCAUGGUAUUGCAACAAAGACUGCCAGCGAGCUCACUGGAAGUAUCACAAGAAGACUUGUCGUGAUCCCAAAGAUACCCAAGGACGCCCAUACGCCAUGAUCAACGUUUAGACCGGGCACAUCUCACAGGCUCUAACAAUAUUUGCCGGCGUCGUGACAGGAGUAUGGAUAGCCAUUCUCGACCUCUGUGCUGGGAAGAUAUUUGUCACGCAGAUUUGCAAUAUUUCAAAGACUCAGAAGACAAAUAGCUAGUGAUCAAGAGAGCAGAAGUACGUCAAAUCAAAUGCCAGCUGAUAUUCUGACG